CAAGUGAAGCUCGGCCAUUUUGUGGAUUGACAACGUGACAAGAACAGUGGACUUGAAAUAUUAUGCCCAGAGGAAAGCCGAAGAAAACCGGGGCCCCCAGAGGUCGAGGUACUAAUUCCAAGCCCAAGCUGGCUAAAUCAAAGAGCUCAGGGGCCGCCGAUAAUCCAGAACAAAUUCCGCAGGAAUUAAGUGUGGAAAAAAUCACUGUAAAACGAAAUGUGAGCGGUAAAGUCGAGAUGCAGGUCAAAUGGGAGGGCUUUCCUCCGGAGUGUAACACCUGUGUGCCCCUUGAGAAGCUUGCCGACUGCAUACCUUUGGUUGCCCAGUUUGAAUCGACGCUAUCUGGUAUGUUGAGAAUGGCAAACAAAACCGACGACUCGUCGUCAAAAAGCAGCGGCACCGAGAAGAAAGAUGGAGAGAAGCUCACAGAAAGCAAGGCAUCCCCUGCCCCAGCACCCGGAGAACGCCAACUGAAAGCGGGUAAACCGACAGGACCCUGGCCAAACGUGGAGAUCGAGACUCCAUCCUCCUCAUUCAACAAACGGAAAAAUCUCACUCCAGCGGAUGGGUACAUAUUUAACAGACCCUAUUCGCCUUCACCGCUCUCAGAAUCAUCAGACUCUGACUCUCAGCCUCUCAGCAUGCUGCGCAUAUCCUGCGCCGCUAAAGAGAAUAUGCCAAAAGUUGGAUCUCCGCUAAACCCCCAGAAAAAACUACUACCGCAAACUAAGGAUGUCACCAAAACAAGUGAGGAGAAUCCGAUUUCGCCAACCCCUGAGAAUCCCAUCGAAAAGGAAACGAAUGAUAUUCGCAACAUGAAUUUCGCAGAGCAUCGCCCAGAGGUCCAGACUCUAGACCAAGAUUCCAAGAAUGGCAAGAACUCAAUGGAAAAGGACAAAAAGGGCUCGAAGGAAAUCCAAACCUCAGAAAGCAGUGAUGACGACUCGGAUAUCCCUUCGAUGACGCCGUACCAGAACGUUUUCGGACUGGCUCGUGGUCUGGAGUUGGAUAAAGUGGUGCACAGCAUUCGUUUGUUCGAUAGGCACUUUUUGUUUGUCACCUGGAAGGGUUCAAAAGAGGUAGAUACGGUGCCUAUUGAGGAUUUAAAGGAGACAUAUCCUGCUAAAGUGCUAGAGUAUUUUCAAAAAAUGGAGCAUCGCUACUAAUGAUGGAAAUGCAGUUUUCUGAAAUCAAAAGAGUUAUUAUUUAGCAGUUCUUUAUUUGAUAUUUUAAGAGUUCAAAUGUAUAAAAAUA